GGUGGAUACAGCUUUUCAACAAGUGUAAAUUUAUAGAUAUGAAAUUUGUUUCAUUCAUGUUGGAGAAGAAAACCGAUUGGGGAGCGUGAAGCCACCUCGAGGCGCGGAUCCUGUGAAGUCUAUGUACGUAGCCGAGGAGUUCCGAAUUCAUAUUCCGGAUUGCGCGCAAGAAACAAACACCCGGCAACUUCAGACAACGUGGAUUGAUUCAAAGAAGUGAUAGAAGGUACUGUACAAAGUUUUUCAGCUGAAUGUGGUGUGCGUUCGUGUGAAACAAAUUGUCUGUUUGUCGUUUCAUGUUAGUAGGCCUACACAAAGUUUGUUUAUCUGACGAAGCUUCGAGUUAAAUAGGGGAUUUCCCAGAAUUACUGUUCUAUUUUUAGAAAACACAUGUGAAUAUUCUGUGUGAAUUUAAUUUAGCUAAUACUGUGUUUCAUGUAGUUAGUUUGAGUAGUUAAGGUAGUUUAAGUUAGUUAAGGUAUUUUUUUUGGUGCACCAAGUUCAAUUUUUUUUAAACUGUUUAUAAAGGGGUCUUAAUUGUCAGCUGUUCUGUAUUAUACAUUCAUUUUUAUACAGUGAUUGUUUCAUCACAUAGACAACAGCUGAUUAGCAAAUGUAAUUCAUGAGACUUGUUUAUGUUUAAUUAGUUUUAUUACAGAAUAGUUAUUAUAGUUGAAAAGUUAGAGGCAGCAGUUGUAAAAAAUCCCAACCAGCAUGCAGCUCACUAAUUACUAACAAUUUUCUUACAGUAUCAAGAAGACAAGUGAACGUAGACGCUGACUUACUGUACUCUGUACACGAAUGAAUGAUGUUUGAGUGCAUUUUCUCUUAAUUUUACUUAGUUUGUUGUAAAUAAGUUUAUUGUAAAUAGGAUUUAGAGGGAAGUUUUAUACAUACAGGUACUAAAAAAAAAAAAAAAAAUAAAUAAAUCUUUGUCAACUUAAGCUCAUGUAAACAGGGUCUUAGACAAUAAUGGAUCCAGGUUUUGUUGAUAUAAGGUCAGUUUAAACAAGGAGUUGAGAUUGAAUAUUAGAACUGGGUUUGUGUUUUUUGGUAUUAAUUCCUAGUGAUUCAAAUUUUGAUUUGAGGUGUUAUUUUUCCUAAAGGUCAUUGAUUUUUGUUACUGGGUAGAUGAUUUUGUUUAUAUGCUGUUUUGAAAGUAGAGGUGUUUCCUUGGUUCGGUUUGGGGGAUGUCUAAUACGUCAAUAGCAGAUAAGAUUAAGUUGUCAUUUGAAAAUAAGGAGAAAGAAAUGGAUGAGGAAUUGAAACUUAACUUUGCAGGUGUUUCAGAUGAAGAUGGGUUUGAUUUUGCUGGUCUACCAAAUGUUAGUACACCUAAGGGUCAGUUGAAUGAGGGUGAAAAUAAAGAGCAAAAACCUUAUGUUCCUAAAGAAAUUCAACAUGAAUUUAACUUGCCUUUAAAACCAGAAGUUAUGAAACAAAAAGGUGCUAUCCCGAAAAUGCCCAAUAAAACAGGUAUUAAAGAUAGUAAUCCAGGUUUCAAUCUUGGGAACAAUACUUCCACUCAGGUUUAUGAAGUCACUAAUAAUGUCCCUAGAAUUCCACAGUUCUCAGGUGAUGAACCUCCUCAGAAGGGGGAUGUGUCUUACAAAGAAUGGCGUUUUGAGGUGCAAUGUUUAGUAAGUGACCCUGACAUAAAACCAAACUUGUUGAUACAAAGUAUAAGAAGGUCAUUAAGAGGUACUGCUAAAACUAUGCUCAUACCGUUGGGGGAAAGAGCAACUGUUAAACAAAUUCUGUCAAAGCUUGAUGUUUUGUUUGGUGAGAUUUCAACCAACGGUAUGAUUAUGCAAGAAUUUUUUAAUGCUUUCCAAUUACCUGGUGAGUGUGUCACAACAUUUGGUUGCAGACUUGAAACCAUGCUUCAGACUGCAAUUGAUAAUGGUUAUUUAGAAAGAACUGCAAAGAAUGAUUUGCUGAGACACAAGUUCUGGACAUCGCUCAGUUCAGAGAAUUUAAAAGGUCAAACAAGGCACAAAUAUGAUUCCAUAACAAAUUAUGACAAGCUUUUAUUAGAAAUAAGAAGGGUAGAGAGAGAGAUUUUUAUUUCAAACUCUAAAGACAGAAAACCAGUUCAUCAAUAUGGGAUGUCAGUAGAUGAGGAUGACUUGGAAGAGAAGUUGAACAUGAAAAUAGGUGAAUUAGAACAAAGAUUAGAAGGUAAGAUGGAUGACAAAUUCAACAAAAUCUUAGAGAAGCUAGAUGGAAGACCAGGAACCCAGUAUAACAGGUAUGAACAGGGAGAGAGGACAAAUUACCACAGAGGUUCCAGAGGGAGAGGGUACCAAAGAGGUAAUUUCAGAGGAAAUUUCAGAGGAAAUUAUUCUGAUAAGAGAAAUUAUCAAGUUCAGGAUCAAGGGCAAAGAGGAUACCAAGCUACAAAGUCGAGUAACCCAAACGCAUGAAGGUCUCUGAUGAGGGCCGACCAGGGACCGAAGACAAUUUUCAAGGCCAAUCAUACAAGUGUGAGUUAAUAGGUGAGUCUAAUGAAAUAGAGAUAGUUGUUGAAGGUGAAAAUGUAAAUGCACUUAUUGACAGCGGGUCAAUGAUUACUACUUUGUCAAAAACAGGUUAUAAUUCAUUGAAAAACCAACCUGAAAUGAGAAAUUUAACAAGCUUGGGUUUAGAAGUCUCUAUUGCAGAUGGUUCAUUGUUGAAGUACAUGGGCUAUAUAGAGUGCUGUAUAACAAUUCCAUUUAUGGACAUAGAUUUAGCUGUCCCUGUGUUAAUUGUACCAGACACUAACUUUAACAAAACCUGUCCUAUGAUCAUAGGUACAAAUGUACUAAGACUCUGUAGAGAUUUAAGUGAUGCUACUCAAAGUCUCAGUGAAAUACCCAAACAAUGGAAGAAUGCAUUUGAGGGCUUAAAAUGUCAA